AUGCCAAAGAACACCAAGGUGACUCAGCGGGAGCACAGCAAUGAGGCCGUCACUGAGUCUGUGGCUGACCUUCUGUCCCUGGAGCAUCCCAUGGACUAUAAGAGCAGUCAGAUGAGUAUGGGGCUCAGUCCUGGAUCCACUGCCCCAGGAAGGUCCCUGCUCCCUGAACAAGACUUAGAGGAUGGCCGACCUGCAUGGAACAACAAGUUGGAGUACAUUCUUGCUCAAGUGGGCUUCUCAGUUGGUCUGGGAAAUGUUUGGAGAUUUCCCUACCUGUGCCAGAAGAACGGUGGAGGUGCAUACCUGGUGCCCUACUUCAUCCUCCUUCUCCUCAUUGGGAUCCCUUUGUUUUUCCUGGAGUUGGCAGUGGGUCAGAGGAUCAGGCGUGGAAGUAUCGGUGUGUGGAACUACGUCUACCCAAAGCUGGGGGGCAUUGGGGUUUCUAGCCUCAUGGUGUGCGGGUUUGUUGGCCUCUAUUAUAAUGUAAUUAUCGGCUGGAGUAUCUUCUAUUUCUUCCAGUCGUUUCAGUAUCCGCUGCCUUGGGCUGAAUGCCCUAUCAAGAAAAAUGGAACCCAAGCCAUUGUGGAGCCUGAAUGUGAGAAGAGCUCAGCUACCACCUAUUUCUGGUACCGCCAGACUCUGAACAUCACCAGCACAAUUGACGACACCGGUGGCCUGAACUGGAAGAUGACCCUGUCCCUGCUAGUGGCUUGGAUCUUGGUCUGCCUGGCCGUUAUCAAGGGCAUCCAGUCCUCUGGGAAGGUAAUGUACUUCAGCUCUCUGUUCCCGUAUGUGGUGCUCUUCUGUUUCCUGAUACGAGGGUUGCUGCUGAAGGGUGCGGUGGACGGCAUAGCUCACAUGUUUACUCCCAAGCUGGAAAAGAUGUUGGAGCCACAGGUGUGGAGAGAAGCAGCUACCCAGGUCUUCUUCGCCCUUGGCCUUGGCUUCGGAGGCGUCAUUGCGUUCUCUAGCUACAAUAAGAGAGAUAACAACUGCCACUUCGAUGCAACACUGGUUUCUACCAUCAAUUUUGUCACCUCCAUCUUGGCCACUUUGGUGGUGUUUGCUGUACUUGGCUUUAAAGCUAACAUCAUGAAUGAGAAGUGUGUUGUCGAAAAUGCAGAGAAGAUCCUGGGUUACCUGGAAAAAGGUGUGCUGAGCAGAGAUCUAGUUCCUCCUCAUGUCAACUUCUCCCAGCUGACAGCACAGGACUACUCGGAAAUGUAUGGCGUCAUCAAGACGGUGAAGGAGGACAGCUUUGGCCAGCUGGGUCUGGACCCCUGUAUCUUGGAGGACGAACUUAAUAAGGCGGUUCAGGGUACCGGCCUUGCCUUUAUCGCCUUCACAGAGGCCAUGACACACUUCCCUGCCAGUCCAUGCUGGUCUGUCAUGUUUUUCUUCAUGCUGAUCAACUUGGGACUGGGAAGCAUGAUCGGAACCAUGACUGGAAUAACUACACCCAUAUUGGAUGCCUUCAAGAUCCGCAAGGAGAUCCUGUGUGUGGUUUGUUGCAUAAUAGCCUUCCUGCUGGGCUUGCUGUUUGUUCAGCGUUCAGGGAACUACUUUGUCACCAUGUUCGAUGACUACUCUGCUGGUUUGCCACUCACUGUGGUUGUGAUCCUAGAGAACAUCUCUGUCGCCUGGAUAUACGGCACUAAGAGAUUCAUGCAGGACCUUGAGGACAUGCUUGGUUUCAGGCCAUACAGUUUCUACUACUACAUGUGGAGAUAUGUGUCCCCAGCUGUCCUGGUGGUGCUCAUUGUUGCAACAGUCAUUGAGAUGUCAGUCAAUCCUGCAGGAUACAAUGCAUGGGUGGAAGAGGAGGGCUCAGAGCGUUUCCACAGCUACCCUCCAUGGGCGUUAGCCAUGGCAUACUCCCUCAUCGUGGUUGCCAUGCUGCCUUUGCCAAUAGUCUUCAUUGCCCGCCAAUUUAACUUGGUCUCAGACGGCUCCAACAAGCUCUCGGUUUCCUAUCGCAAGGGCAUGAUGAAGGAUAUCUCCAACCUGGAGGAGCAGGAUGAGCAGCGCUUCAUCCUCGGAAAGAAUCCCAGUGAGGCUCCCUCCCCCAUGCCCGCCCACCGGGCAUAUCUUGGGCCUGGUGGCACCCAGGAGAUGACCAACACCAAUUAUGGCACCUCCACCAAGACGGGAUACCAAAACAUUGGCUCUCCUGAGUCUGAGCUAUGAUCUAAUGAGCUUCAAUGUUUUCAUUCCUAUUACAAAAACCCAACUCAGCUAGAAGAGAAUUAAAGCAGGUGAAGAAAACUUUAAUACAGCAUUCCUUACAGCUUAACCUCUAGAGAGAAAACCCUCCAAUUUCUCCUUUUUCGGCUUCAUUACUAAUUUGCAGUAGUUCUUUAUGUUUUUGCAAGUAACUGACAGCAGUGAGCAAUACAUUACAAUCAGCAUUUCUGUUUUUAUCGAAAGCAUUAUUGGGUCUGAAUUAGAGAAAAUGAUAUACAAAUGUAUAAUUGUUAUAGGAUAUUUUGGUGGGACAGAUCAUGCAUAGAGAUGCACUAAAAAAAUCUGAAUUAACAGUAAUGGCCAAGUUUGUGCACAGAAACAAGGAAUCUGACUUUCCAUUGCUCACAACUUAAUCAAUCACAGUAUGUAAAAAUCAGGUUUCGAUCUGCCAGUCAGGAAACCAAAGGGCCUCAUGCUAAGCUUGAUGCUUUGUUUGAGGAGACUAUUCAAUAUAAGAAUGUUCUUAUAACUUUUUAUCUGCAAGAAAGCGAAAUUUCAGAAGAUUCCUUGAUUUAGAAUACUGUUAUUUAAUUCUUGUUAUCUUUCAAACUCUGUCUCUCCUGAAACAUGUCAAUGCAACCCUAAUGUGAAAUAUUGAGAAUUUUGAGAAUUUUACUGUUAACAGUAUAUAAUUCCUAGAAUAUUCAGAAAAGGUUGACUUUUUUUCUCAUGCUAGCGCCAGUAUUUUCUAACAUCUUCAAAUAUCCGAGCAGAAAUGCACCAAAAAACUCUCUCUGAGGUUAAAUGUUUGGCAAUGCCACAAUGCUUUGGCAAGUAAACAAUCAAAUUGCUCUGGGUGAUCAGUUUAUACUUCUGCUUAUUUCAUUCAAGAGAGGCUGUGGGAAUAGGAUUGCAGAAGACUAAGAAGAAUCAAUCAUACUUCAUCUUAUCAAUACCAGAAACCUUUUCAUCCAGUCAAUAACUGACCAAGCGUACAUCUACAACAAUAUGUACUUUGAGAUUAUUUACAAGCACAUUCUAUAUUUUUAUUUGUGUGUGCCUAUCAUGCAUCAGCAAUAAUGCCAGUGCUCAUAAAAUCACGGAUCUCCUUUUAGCUCUCUUUUCCCCUCUAAUGUACAUUAGAACACUGUAUAUAUAUAUAUAUAUAUCU